GGUAGGUCAGGAUAAAAAGUUUUGAUUUAGGUUAUGUUGCUAGUCGCUAGAGAAAUAUUCUUCCCAAAUCCAUCAUAAAAAGUUGAAAUAUUUGAGAGAGAGAUGGGGUGGAUGGGAGAGCAGAUUGAGUCGAUAAAGUCAAUUCGGUUGAGACAAGUCCUCAACGAAGCAGUUAGUCUGGUAAUGAUUGUUACAUCAGCACUAAUAAUAUGGAAAGGAUUAGUAUGCAUAACUGGGAGUGAGUCACCAGUGGUGGUUGUGCUUUCAGGAAGUAUGGAACCUGGCUUUAAAAGGGGUGACAUUUUGUUCUUGCACAUGACCAAGGAUCCCAUUCGGGCCGGAGAAAUUGUUGUGUUUAAUAUUGAUGGACGUGAAAUUCCUAUUGUUCAUCGAGUAAUCAAGGUUCAUGAGCAGCAAGAAACUGGAAAUGUUAAUGUCCUUACAAAAGGAGAUAACAAUUUGAAGGAUGACAGACUUCUCUAUGCUCCUGGACAAAGCUGGCUGCAACGGCAUCACAUCAUGGGGAGAGCAGUUGGGUUCUUGCCUUACGCUGGCUGGGUGACCAUUAUCAUGACUGAAAUGCCUAUCGUCAAGUAUAUAAUGAUAGGUGCGCUGGGAUUGUUGGUUAUCACAUCAAAAGAGUAGUGGACUAUGGCUUCGAGCUUGAAAUUGAACUGUAUCCGGAUCGACAUAUUUUCAACCCUUUUUUUGGGACCAAUUAAUUAUAUAGAAAUGUCUUUGUACACCUUAUCAAAGAGAAAUGUUUUGCAUA